AAUGUCAUAAAUAAAUACAAAAGCUUAUUCAUUUUCAAUCCUCAUUAGAGGAUGUUAUAGGAAGCGAUGCACUGUGAUGAUCACCGUUUCUUACCGUAACCGCCACGCUCCGACGGAAACCGCUCGCCGGACUCAUCCUCCGAUUUCAAAUCACACCGGAGCUCCUGUAACUGAAAGCUUGAAGCUAUGGAAAGUGACAAUAGCUGCAGCUUCUCUUGUUUAUCUUCAAUUGUUGCCAUUUCAACUGCAAUUUUGGGCAUUUUGGCUGUCACCUUGUUCUUGGUUCGUGUCCUUUAUGUCAUGUAUUGUAGCGGCAAGCCAUUGACCCAAAGAGCUUCAAAACCUGUUACAACCCUUAUCGUUUUAGGAUCAGGCGGUCACACUGCUGAGAUGCUUAAUCUAUUGAAAGCAUUACAGAGAGAAAGGUUUAGUCCAAGAUUCUACGUUGCUGCUGCUACUGAUAAUAUGAGUCUUGAAAAAGCUCAAGAGUUGGAGAUUGGUACAAGCAAAGUAUUCCACAAUGGAAAAGAGCUAAAAAAGAUAAGCAGAACUCAAAGACGACUACAUUUGAAUGGAACAAAUUUUACUGAUAAUGUAUAUUACAUGAAGAUAUCUCGAAGUAGGGAAGUUGGUCAAUCAUAUAUAACGUCGGUUUGGACUACUUUAGUUGCAAUGGUGCAUGCACGGCGGCUGAUGAUUGAAAUUAAACCUCAAGUGAUACUUUGCAAUGGACCUGGAACUUGCAUUCCCCUAUGUGCAAUUGCAUUUAUAUUUAAGGUGCUGGGAAUCAGAUGGUCAUCAGUUUUCUACAUUGAGAGUAUUGCGAGAGUGAGAAGGCUCUCCUUGAGUGGCCUGCUCCUGUACAAGUUGCGGAUCGCUGAUCAACUUUUUGUUCAAUGGCCCCAGCUGCAACGACAAUAUCCGCGAGCUACCUAUGUUGGUCGACUCAUGUAACCGUUGGUUCCUUUGACCUCAUUCAAGAGAAAUUUGUAUUUUGCAGCCCGGAAACCAAACAUUUUGCUCAAUUAUAAGCAACUCAUUCUAUACUAAUAUUGGAGGCAACAAGACAUCUUUUGAAGGCAACAUUCUACCUGUUCGUGAUACUGUUUGGUCUGCAUUUUAUGGUUGUGCUGAUAUCAUGAUAGAUAAUAUGUCAAGUAACCACAAGCCGUUUGAUCACAAAGGCUCUGAUACCAUGGCAAGUAACCAAUUUUCUCAAAAGCUUGGGUAAGGAUCAUAUGAAUGAUUUUAAAUUAUUUUUCUAACAAAAAGCCACUAUAGAGAGACAUGCACAGUACUACAAUAGGGAUGCAUCAUCCCCAACCCAACAUAUAUCUAACUCAAAGAAUAGUGUUUGUCCGCCAAUACUAACUAACAAUUCCGAAACACAGGUUGAGCUAACACCUACCAUUAACAACUUUCCGGUGUAGAUUAUCCUCCCUAUGUAGCUUUCUUGGAAUAUUUGUAAGACCCUGAUAUUUUAUAAAUAUUUUUAAUUUUUGUUUUCA